AUGGCGGAGCCCGUGAUAGCAAAGCCCCGGAUAGCUACAGUAAAGCCAAUUCCGGGGAAUUCGGUGUCUAAUUCUCCGUCAGUGUCACGUUCAGAAAAUAAUACAACCACCCCUACACCAUUAACAACAACAACAGCAGUGGCAAGCGGCAGCGCAUCGGUAUCUAGUGUAGUACAACACAUCCAUCGAUUGGAGCCCCCGGCCUCGGUCAUUCCAUCACGCUGGCGUAGCGGAAGUGGACACACAAAGGAACGGCUACGCACUACAACAGCAACAACAGAACAACAACAACAACUGAACUCAGACUCAGGGUUGCGUACUGAUGAGUUGAAUCAUGAGGGGCGGUAUCGCACAACUGUGAUGCAGCACACAUCCAUUAAUAAAGAAAGUUCUUGCACUCGUAGCCACGACAGUUAUACGAGUGUACACAAACCUGUUAUUCCACAUCUUUCAGCUGCUAAAUCAUCGGGGCGAGAGGCUUCAAGAUCACCUGGAGCUCCAACGCUUACCGGUGGUAUCAGCAGUGCAUCUCAGCGACAAUGGUUUACUAAUUUUCAUCGUAUCAGCCAUGGGUCAAAAGAAUUGGGCGGAGAGACUUUAACGGACGCACAGAAGAGUGUUAGAAGCACUUGUAGGUCUUCAGCACGGCGACGCAAUCCAAGCGCCAAGGUAGAUAAAAUUAUGGAAGGAAAUAAUAAUCACUCCUUUUCUAGCACUACUCCUAAUAAUAAUAGUACUAAUGAAAAUAGUAAUAAUAAUAUUACUAAUACCACUUCUACUGCUACUAAUAUUACUACCAGACACUCCCCAGUAUUGUCACUGCGUCUGACAGAUCUUGAGCGUCCUAAAAAUAAAGGAGGAUAUUUAAGUACUCGUUCCAAGUCUACCAGUGCCAAACGAUCUAGGGUGCAGCAAAAAGUGGUUAAUCUCUUCUUGUGUAAAUACUCUCUUCUCCGAACUAUUGCUGAGGAGCAUGGAUUUAAGAUCCAAGAGACGGAAGAAGAUCUAGAGAAAAAUCAGUUCAAUCUUGUAUGGUCUGAUACAGUUCUUCCACUUACACGUUUGGUACGUCUCGCAAACUGGCAACGUACCAAUCAUUUCCCUUCUAUGCACCUUUUAUGCCGAAAAGGACAUCUGGGUACGACACUUGGUCGAAUGCGAAAGUUAUUACCUACACAUUAUCUUUUUUACCCUCGCACUUGGUCACUUCGGAGUGAACGGGCUCAAUUUAUGCGAUUUAUUACCGCGUUACGUGCAAAGAAAAUGUCAAAAUUUUUUAUUAUGAAACCGAAUUCCGGUUGUCAAGGUCGUGGUAUUGUCGUUACACGUGACCCAUUGAAUGCUGUAGAUGAUCUUGAUAAUUAUAUUAUACAAGAAUAUAUUAGAAAACCUUUGUUGCUAGAAGGACGUAAAUUUGACCUCCGUGUUUAUGUCCUCUUGACAUCAAUUCGUGCACCGUCUAUUUUUCUCUUUAAUGACGGUCUCGUACGAUUGUGUGCAGAAAUAUACGAAAAACCCACCGAUAGCAACGUUCGAAAUGCAUGUAAACAUCUCACAAAUUAUGCUGUUAAUAAACAGAGUCCAGAAUAUGUGUUUAAUGAUGAUGCUGAAAAUGGUGGUAUUGGAAACAAGCGUAACUUUAAAUUUUUUAAUGAAUGGUUAGAAUCUUCAGGGCAAGAUCCAGAUGAAUUCUGGGAACGUGUUGCUCAUGUCAUAUGCAAGACAAUCCUUGUCGCGCAGCCACAAAUUGCAAAUGUCUACAAUUCAUGUUUUCCUAGAAAUAAUGACGGAUACAAUUGUUUUGAAAUCCUCGGUUUCGAUAUUCUUAUUGAUAGUAAAAUGAAACCGUGGCUAAUGGAAGUUAACCAUACUCCAUCACUUGCAACAGAUACUCCACUAGAUUAUAAUAUCAAACACGCUCUUGUCACUGAAGUAUGGAAUAUACUGGACAUAAAAACAACGGACCGUAAACGAGAUGAAAAAAAGGUUCGAGAUGAAUUUGUUCAGCGUAUUAUGCGGCAUCCGGCAUCUGCGUCUAUUGUACCUGGGGGCAAAACCCUUAAUCCUAAUGAAAUGACCAUGAGUUCAUCAUCUCCUAGUACUUCCUCUUUAUUACAACAACAAAACCAGAAUCUAAGCCAGAGUCAGUUAAAUAGUUCAGCGGUACAAGAACAAGCGGCGGAGUGGAAUAAAUUUGUAGAGGAACGUCGUGCCCGUGAAGACUCUAAAUUACAUAAUUUCCGCCGUAUAUUUCCAUCCACAAACGCUGAACAUCAACUUGUGUAUGAGGCAGUUCUCGCGCGGGCCCGGGCCCAAUGUGCCUCACCCCGCCCGAGUUGGGUGAACUCCCCUGCCCCACUCUCACCACAGGCAACAGAAGAACGGGGACGGCGAAUGGACAACAACAACAACAACAACAACAACAAUACUAAUAAUAACAACAACAACAGUAAUAAUACUAAUAACAACAAUAUUGGGCAUAUUCCCUCGCAGCGUGUCACUGGCGCUCCUAACACCGGCACCACCACCACCGCAAGCGAGCGAAGUGCGCAAGGGACACCAGUCGACACGGGAGUUGAUCCCUCACCUCGCAACGCUUCCGGUACUCUCUCCAGGGCAUUGCAGAUGCAAAAGAUCUGCGAAGAUAUGAAGAAUGGGAGACGCAGUACCAAACCAACACCACGGGUGAGUCCUGUCGUUCCCAGUAGAAGUGCUAGUGCGGCCACAUCACGAGAAAAAUUAAGUGGGGGUACGCUUCUCAAUUGGAAUUCGGCCCAAACUUCUUCAAAACCAACCACAAUGUCAGGUGAAAUAUUGACAUUAACUCAAAAACGUCAAGAAGAAGAUCAACAACAACAACAACAACAACAAGAAGGUAAUCAAGAGAUGGAAAUGGGGAUGGAGCAACAGAAAUAUUCAGUGAACAAUCAUCUUUCUGUAGUGGUGGACACAGAAGAAGUUCCACGUAAAAUGCACGUUAUAAAAGCAACACUAAUGCGUUCUGGUCCAUCAAAAACAACUACUGACCGUUCAACUGUUACCACAAUUACAACAACGACUAACAAUAGCACAAUGGAUCGACUUGAGGCUAUACGGAAUCUGCAGCAGCAACUCGACUUGGAAGCAGAGUGUGAACAAUCACCAUCGCAAGAUAGUCGAGAAGAUGAGUCAUUUGCUCUGGAUGAAGAGUAA